AUGGCCAUCUGGAACAGGAAGAGCCACUCUUCCGACGUCAGCCCACAGCGGAGCGAGGAAUACGGCGACAAGAAUGCAUACAACCCCACCGAGUAUCCCGCCGGGGAAUACCCGCAAGAAGGAGUCAUGGUGGAGCCAGGAAGCGGCCAAACCAAGCUCACGCGAGGUCUCAAAUCUCGGCAUAUUACUAUGAUCGCAAUUGGGGGCGCUAUUGGAACUGGUCUCAUCAUCGGCACGGGCGCUGCGCUUGCGAAGGCUGGCCCGGCCAGUAUCCUCAUCAGUUAUGCGUUCGUCGGUGUGCUUGUCUAUAUGGUCAUGUGUGGCCUGGGAGAGAUGGCUGCUUGGCUUCCCCUGGGCAGUGGUUUCUCGGGUUAUGCAACUCGUUUCUGUGAUCCUGCCCUCGGUUUCGCUCUGGGAUACACCUACUGGUUCAAAUACAUCAUCGUCACCCCUAAUCAGCUCACCGCAGCAGCACUCGUAAUACAAUAUUGGUGCCCACCCGAAAAGGUCAACCCCGGUGUCUUUAUCGCCGUAUUCUUUGUCGUCAUCCUCACCAUCAACUACUUUGGAGUCAAAUUCUUCGGUGAAUUCGAGUUCUGGCUCAGCAGUAUCAAGGUUCUCGUUAUCAUUGGCUUGAUCCUGUUGUCCCUUAUCCUGGCCCUUGGGGGUGGCCCCACCCAUGACCGUACUGGCUUUAGGUACUGGAAGAACCCCGGCGCUUUCAAGCCCUACAUCGAAACUGGGAGUGGAGGCAAAUUCCUCGGUUUCUGGAGCUCCAUGAUUACGGCUGUGUUCGCCUACCUCGGUACCGAACUCGUUGGCGUGACUGUCGGAGAGGCCCAGAACCCAAGGAAGACAAUUCCUCGCGCCAUCAAGUUGACCUUCUUCCGUAUCAUGUUCUUCUACGUCCUCAGUGUCUUUUUCUUGGGCAUGAUCGUUCCGUACAACUCCAAAGAGCUCAUCUUUGCCAACAAGCAGGGUAGCAAGGCGUCCGCCUCUCCAUUCGUGGUUGCCAUUUCCAUUGCUAAAAUCAAGGUCCUCCCUGGAUUCAUCAACGGCUGUAUCCUGCUCUUCGUCUUCAGCGCAGCCAAUUCUGACCUCUACAUUGCCUCCCGUACCAUCUACGGUCUUGCCUCCAUGGGCAAGGCUCCCCGCAUCCUCGCCAGAACCGACAAACGCGGUGUUCCGAUAUUCGCCCUUGGUCUCUCCGCGCUCUUCUGCCUUCUCGCUUUCAUGAACGUCAGCGACGACUCCAAGAUAGUCUUCGGCUACUUCGUCAAUCUCGUUACUAUGUUCGGUCUCCUCGCCUGGAUCUCCAUUCUGGUCACCCAUAUCUACUUCGUGCGCGCCCGCCACGCCCAAGGCAUCACCAACGACCAGAUGCCGUAUGUCGCCCCCUGCGGCAUCUGGGGCUCCUACAUUGCCCUUUUCUUCUGCUGCCUCAUCGCCAUCACCAAGAAUUUCAACGUCUUCACCAAAGGCGACUAUGGAUCCUUCGACUACAAGAACUUCAUCACCGGCUACCUUGGCAUCCCCCUAUACCUCAUCAUGAUCUUCGGGUACAAGCUGAUCAUGAAGGAAGAGGGUGUCAGGCCUAUGCACGCGGACUUCUACUCUGGAAAGGCGGAGAUCGAUGCCGAGGAGGCAGAGUUCCUAGCUCAGCAAGCGGAGAAGCACCAGAAUCCACAGGGUGGCUGGUUCUAUCGGACGUUUGUGUCGUGGUUGUUCUAA